AAUGAGUGGGAGCAAAGCGUGUCCGGCUAGUUUGAGUGGAAGUUUACUUCAGUGAAACUUGCCCGUAAUAUUCACUACAUGUGCUCAUUGGAAGUUCCCAAAGCACUGUGUUAAAUGGAGCUGGAGGACCAAUGGUGGAAAGGACAACUUGCUGCAGAUAUAUACCAGGCGCUGCGAUACAAAGAGCUCAAGUUGCCGUCCUACAAAGGCCAGUCCCCUCAGCUCAACUUGAGGCGGUACUUUGCAGACCUCAUAGCCAUCGUCAGCAACCGCUUCAGGCUGUGUCCUGCAGCCAGACACCUGGCCGUCUACCUGCUGGACCUCUUCAUGGACCGCUAUGACGUCACGCUGCAGCAGCUCCACAUGGUCUCUCUCUCGUGUCUUCUUCUGGCCUGUAAAUUUGAGGAAAGGGAAGACCGUGUGCCAAAGCUGGAGACCUUGAACAGCCUGGGCUGCAUGAGCUCCAUGAACCUGGUCCUGACUAAGCAGGGUUUGCUGCACAUGGAGCUGCUCCUGCUGGAAACUUUCCAGUGGAAUCUUUACCUCCCUACAGCUGCUCAUUUCAUAGAAUACUACCUGUCUAUUGCCGUCCAUGAGGGGGAUCUGCAUGAUGGCUGGCCUAUGACCUGCCUGGAGAGGACUAAACUAUAUAUGGCCAAAUAUGCUGAUUACUUCCUGGAGGUUUCCUUGCAAGAUCAUGUGUUCUUGUGUUUUGCACCCUCACUGGUGGCCGCUGCAUGUGUGGCCGCUUCACGCCUCAUCCUCCACCUGUCCCCCACAUGGCCACCCCGACUGCAGCGCCUCACCGGCUACGCAUGGGAGAACCUGGUCCCGUGUGCCGAGAAACUACUCGUUGCACAUGACAGUGAUGUCAAAGAGGCCAACAAGCAAAAGUGCCAGCAGCCCGGCCAACAGCAGCAGCAGCAGCAGCAGCAGCAGGGCCAGACAGUGUUCCACAGUUCAGGCCAGGCAGCCACUGUGGCGCAGUACCUGCCCCGGCCCAGCAUGCAGUAUCCCCAGCAAGCCCCUCAGCCCAGCCUGGCCCCUAACCACAGGCCUGCCUCCUACCUCAGCCACUCCAGCACCAGCCUGCAGGCUCCCAGCGGCCCCCAGCUCGGCAGCACCCAAGCCAUCGCUGCCUCGCUGGAUCCAAAGUCUAACAUUCCCAACAGGGCUUACCAGGUCAGCAUGCACUACUCCUGCGCUGCUCCGUGCUUUGACAGGUGA